AUGUUUAAUUUCUUGUACUCCUUUUCGUAUGUUUUUUCGGAUCUUGAGAACAAAAUAAUCAUAUUUUUGAAAAAUGAGCUAGAAAAGUUGAAGAAAAUGCUACAAAAAGAGAACACACAAUACUUUGUGCAAGACUUUAAUGAGGGCAUGUGCAGUGUCAAAGAAGCAGCUCUGGAUAUCACACUCUACUUCCUGAGAGAUAUGAAGCAGGAUAAACUUGCAGAAGCUCUAGAGGAUGAGCUUGUCCUCAUUCAUCAGCGACAACUGAAAUCAAAUCUGAAGAGGAAGUAUCAAUGUGUGUUUGAAGGAAUUGCAAAGCAUGGUGGCUCUACACCUCUGAACAACAUAUACACAGAUCUCUGUAUUACUCUGGGUGGUAAUGAACAGGUCAAUACUGAACAUGAAGUAAGACAGAUUGAGUCUGCUUUGAGGCGUGCUGAUUCACAAGAAAUACAGGUAGAAUGCACAAAUUUGUUUGAAGCACCUGAACAAGAAAAACAGAUCAGAACUGUGAUGACAAAAGGAGUUGCAGGCAUUGGAAAAUCAGUCUCUGUGCAAAAGUUUGUUUUGGAUUGGGCAGAAGAAAAAGAAAAUCAUGACAUCAACUUUGUAUUUCCGCUUUCUUUUCGGGAGAUGAACUUAAAGGAGGAAGAACAGCAAAGCCUGAUGAGCCUUAUAAGUCAGUUUUUCCCAGAGACCAAAGGACUGAACCUUACAAGAAGAAAUCAGUUCAAAGUUCUGUUCAUCCUUGAUGGUUUGGAUGAAUGCCGUCUUCCUCUAAACUUUGAGUGUAAUGAAACAUGGCGUGACGUAUCUUCACCAGCAUCUCUGGAUGUUCUUCUCACAAACCUCAUCAAGGGAAAUCUGCUUCCUUCUGCUUUUAUCUGGAUCACCACCAGACCAGCAGCUGCCAGUAAGAUUCCUCCUGACUGUAUCGAUCGAGUGACAGAGAUACGAGGAUUCAAUGAUUCUCAAAAGGAAGAGUACUUCAGAAAAAGAUUCACAAAUGAGAAUCAGGCCAACAAAAUUGUUGAUCUUAUUAAACAAUCGAAGAGUCUUUUUAUCAUGUGCUACAUCCCAGUCUUCUGCUGGAUUUCAGCCACUGUUCUCAAGAACAUUUUGGAAAUUAAAAGAAAUAAUUAUAUGAAAAAUGCCAAGAUUGUUGAUGCCUCAAAUACCGAAGACACUCCCAAGACUCUGACGCAAAUGUACACACACUUUCUCCGCUUUCAGAUCCAGCAGAGCAGACGAAAAUAUAAUGUUUCCUGGGAUAAAGAUGCUAUACUUUCACUGGGAAAACUGGCAUUUCAUCAGCUGAAAAGAAAUAACCUGAUCUUCUAUGACACAGACCUGGAAGACUGUGGCAUUGACAUCUCUAAAGCAUCAGUGUACUCAGGCAUGUGUACCCAGAUCUUUAAAGAGGAAACUGGUAUCAUUCUUGGUACCAUGUACUGCUUUGUUCACUUGAGCAUUCAAGAGUUUAUUGCAGCCCUUUAUGCACAUCUGUUUCUAGACAUCAACAACAAAAAUGUGUUUGAUCAAGAGUCUAAGGAAAACAAAAAUAAAAUUUUGACUGAUUUGCUCAAGACUGCAGUGGACAAAGCGCUUGAGAGUGACAAUGGACAUCUGGAUCUUUUCCUUCGAUUCCUCCUCGGUCUGUCUCUUGAGUCUAAUCGUCCACUUUUAAGAGGUCUGUUACCUCAGCAAGACAGCAGUGACCAGAGCCACAAGGAAAUAGUUCAGUACAUAAAGCAGAAAUUAGAGUGCAAUCUGUCUCCAGAGAAAUCCAUCAAUCUGUUCCAUUGCCUGAAUGAACUGAACGACCACACUCUGGUGAAAGAGAUUCAAAGCCAACUCAACAAAGGAAGUCUCUCAUCUGCUGAACUUUCUCCUGCUCAGUGGUCUGCUGUGGCCUUUGUGUUGUUGACGUCAGAGGAAGAGCUUGAGGAGUUUGAUCUACAGAAAUUCCAGAAAUCAGACGAGUGUUUCUUUAGACUAUUGGAAGUUGCCAAAACCUCCAAAAGAGCACUGUUAAAUGAUUGUGACCUAACAGCACGAAGCUGUUCAGCUCUGGCUACAGCUCUUGUAUCAGACUCCAAUCUGAAAGAGCUGAACAUGAACAAUAAUAAUCUUCAGGAUUCAGGAGUAAAGCAACUCUGCAUUGGACUGAAAAGUAUUGGUUGUAAAUUAGAGAUAUUGAGGCUCAGUAAGUGUGAUCUAACAGGGACAAGCUGUUUAGCUCUGGCUUCAGUUCUCCGUUCAGGAUCCAGCAGUCUGAAAGAUCUUGACCUGAGCUAUAAUAAUCUGCAGGAUUCUGGAGUGAAGCUGCUCUCAGAUGGACUGAAAGAGAACCAUAAACUCGAGAAACUCAGUUUUAAAUGAAACUGUUUUGUUAUCACUGAAGAAGGUUAUAAAGCUCUGCCUUCAGCUCUGAGAUCAAACCCUUCACACCUGAUAGAGCUGGAUCUCACAGGAAAUGAUCCUGGACAAUCAGGAGUGAAGGAGCUCAAUGAUUUACUACAGGAUCCAAACUAUCAACUGAAGACACUGAGGUUUUUGAGUCCUGCUGCUGGUGAAGGCUGUCAGUUUGUGACUGGAAUUGUGGGUAAAAACCCAUUACUUCUAAACGAGCUGAAUUUAAGUGGACAUGAACUAGAAUACACACAAGUGAAUCAGAUCACUGCUCUGCUGCAGGAUAAACACUGUAAACUCAACACACUGAUACUUUCAAACUGCAGCAUCACUGAAGAAGGUUAUAAAGCUCUGGCUUCAGCUCUGAGAUCAAACCCUUCACACCUGAUAGAGCUGGAUCUAAGAGGAAAUGAUCCUGGACAAUCAGGAGUGAAGGAGCUCAGUAAUUUACUACAUGAUGCAAACUGUCAACUAAAGACACUCAGGUUUUUGAGUCCUGCUGCAGAUGAAGCCUGUCAGUAUGUCGCUGGAAUUGUGGGUAAAAACCCAUUACUCCUAAGAGAACUAAAUCUGAGUGGACAUGAACUAGGAGAAACAAACAUGAAGCGGCUCACUGCUCUACUGCUGGAUAAACACUGUCAACUCAACACACUGAUUCUAUGUGGAUGCAGUAUUAUGGAGAAACAGUGUCUCAUCCUCAGUUCAGCUCUGCGUUUAAACCCAACACACCUAAGAGAGCUGGACCUCAGUGAGAAUCAACUACAAAAUAAAGGAGUGAAGAUCUUAUGUGACAUACUGAAGGAUUCACACUGUAAACUGGAGAAAUUGAGGUUAAGAUACUGUGAUAUUACAGAUGAAGGUUGUUCUGCUCUGACUUCAGCUCUACAAUCAAACCCAUCACACCUGAGACAACUGGACCUAAGUGGAAAUCAACUAGGAGUUGAAAAUCUUAGUGUUCUGCUGAGGAACUCAGAAUUCAAACUGAAAAUACUAGAUCUGUGUGGAUGCAGUAUUACAGAGAAACAUUGCCUCAGUCUAAGUUCAGCUCUGCGCUCAAACCUUUCACACCUGAGAGAACUGGACCUCAGUGAAAAUGAACUAAAAAACACAGGAGUGAAUCACUUAUGUGACAUUCUGAAGGAUUCAAACUGUAAACUGGUGAGAUUGAGGCUAGGCUACUGUAAAAUAACAGAUGAAGGUUGUUCUGAUGUGACUUCAGCUCUGAAAUCAAACCCAUCACACCUCAGAGAGCUGAACCUGAGUGGAAAUCAACUAGGAGACUCUGGAAUGAAAAACCUCUGUGAUUUACUGAGAAACCCACAAUGCAAGCUGGAGAAAUUAGAGCUGGGUAAAUGCAGUAUUACUGACAAACAGUGUCUCAUCCUGAUUCUGGGUCUGUGUUCAAAUCUUUCACACUUGAGACAGCUGGACCUGAGUGGAAAUCAAAUGAAAAACACAGGAGUGAAUCACUUAUGUGAUGUACUAAAGGAUUCACACUGUAAACUGGAGAGAUUGAGGUUAAGAUACUGUGAUAUGACAGAUGAAGACUGUUCUGUUCUGACUUCAGCUCUGAAAUCAAACCCAUCACAACUGAGAGAACUGGAUCUCAGUGGAAAUAAAGUAAAAAACAAAGGAAUUAAGCACUUGUGCAAUGUACUUAAGAAUUUAGACUGUAAAUUGGAGAGACUGAGCCUGAAUGACUGUGGCAUUACGGAUGUUGCUUGUCUGACUCAGCUUAUGGCUAAGACAAAAGCCUUGCAUUUUUUAAAAGAACUUGAUCUAAAAAAGAACAAAAUUGGAAACUCGAAGAAGCAGCUAAGUGAAGUGCUCAAAGACUCCAACUGCAACUUGAGAUGGGUGUGGUUGAGUUUCAAGGAAGCGUGUAGCAAAAAAGCAACUUUGACUAAGUGGUAUAUUUUGCAGUAUGUCAAAGGAGCGAGGAAAAGAGUCUCCCUGCGAGAUGAGUCUCUCAGAGAAACAAAGAGUGACUGCUCAAAAGACGAACCACCGAAAUUCAGUGAGAAUAAAACAUCAUCUAGAAAAAGCAUUCAAUAUGAGACUUUAGAUUUAGACGUCCAGUCUCACAGAAACCAAAAGAAUUUCAAAGAAAAUCUCCCGUGGAUCUUCCAGGAUCUAGAGAGCAACAUAAUCACAUUUCUGAAGAAUGAGUUGGAAAAGUUUAAGAAAAUACUACAUAAAGAUAAUACAUUAUACUUUGUGAAUGAAUUUAAUGAGAAUAGAUGCAGGAUCAGUGACGCAGCUCUUGAUCUGACACUCUACUUUCUUAGAAGUAUGAAGCAAGAUGAAGCUGCUGAUACUCUAGAAGAUGAGCUGUUCUUCAUUCAUAAACAAAAAUGCAAUCUGAAGGAAAAGUAUCAAUGUGUGUUUGAAGGAAUUGCAAGACAUGGUGACUCUACACUUCUGAAUAACAUCUACAUAGAUCUCUGUAUAACUCAGGGUUGUAGCGAACAGAUCAAUACUGAACAUGAGGUAAGACGGAUUGAGUCCUUUUCCAGGCAUCAUGAAUCACAAGAGGUGACACUUGAAUGCAAACAUUUGUUUGAAACACCUGAACAAGACAAGCAGAUCAGAACUGCACUGACAAAAGGAGUUGCUGGUAUUGGAAAAUCAGUCUCUGUGCAAAAGUUUGUACUCGAUUGGGCAGAAGGAAGAGAAAAUCAAGAUAUCAGCUUCAUAUUUCCUCUUCCUUUUAGAGAGAUGAACUUAAAAGAGAAAAAAAAACAAAGUUUGAUGAGUCUUCUGAAUGAGUUUUUCCCAGAGACAAAAGAGCUAAAUCUUACAAGAAGAAAUCAAUUCAAAGUCCUGUUCAUCCUCGAUGGUUUGGAUGAAUGCCGUCUUCCUCUGAACUUUGAGAGUAAUGAAACAUUGUGUGAUGCAUCUUCACCAGCAUCUCUGGAUGUUCUCCUGACAAACCUCAUCAAGGGAAAUCUGCUUCCUUCUGCAAAGAUCUGGAUCACCACCAGACCAGCAGCUGCCAGUAAGAUUCCUCCUGACUGUAUCGACCGUGUGACAGAGAUACGAGGAUUCAAUGAUUCUCAAAAGGAGGAAUACUUCAAAAAAAGAUUCAUUGAUGUGAAUCAAGCCAAAGAAAUCAUUGAUCAUGUUAAAAAAUCAAAGAGUCUCUUCAUCAUGUGCCACAUCCCAGUCUUCUGCUGGAUUUCAGCCACUGUUCUCAAGAACAUUUUGCCAAUUAAAACAAACAAUGAUCUGAAAAACAAACAGGCUGAUGGCGCCACCAAAACAGAGCUAGAAUCUAAUAUUGAAGACACUCCCAGGACUUUGACACAAAUGUACACACACUUUCUCUGCUUUCAGAUCCUGCAGAGUAGACGAAAAUAUGAAGGAGACUAUAGAUCAGAUGUUUCCAGGGAUACAGAUGCCAUUCUUUCACUAGGUAAACUGGCAUUUUAUCACCUGGAAAAAAAUAACCUGAUCUUUUAUGACACAGACCUGGAAUCCUGUGGUAUUGAUGUCUCUAAAGCAUCAAUGUACUCAAGCAUGUGUACCCAGAUCUUUAUAGAAAAAACCGGGAUCAUUCUUGGUACCAUGUAUUGCUUUGUUCACUUGAGCAUUCAAGAGUUUAUUGCAGCCCUUUAUGCACAUCUGUUUCUAGACAUCAACAACAAAAAUGUGUUUGAUCAAGACUCUACAGAACAGGAAAACAAAACUGAAAGCAUGGCCAAUUUGCUUAAGACUGCAGUGGACAAGGCUCUUGAGAGUGACAAUGGAAAUCUGGACCUUUUCCUUCGCUUUCUUCUUGGUCUGUCACUCCAAUCAAAUCGUCAACUCUUACAAGGUCUGUUAACACAGCAAGAUAACAAUGACCAGAGCAACAAGGAAAUAGUUCAGUACAUCAAGCAGAAACUAGAAGAUAAUCUAUCUCCAGAGAGAUCCAUCAAUCUGUUCUACUGUCUAAAUGAACUGAACGAUCAAACUCUGGUGAAAGAGAUUCAGACCCACCUUAGCAAAGGAAGUCUCUCGUCUUCUGAUCUUUCACCUGCCCAGUGGUCUGCUUUGGCCUUUGUGUUGUUGACAUCAGAGGAAGAGAUAGAGGAGUUUGAGCUUCAGAAAUUCAAGAAAUCAGAUGAGUGUCUCAUUAGAUUAUCAGCAGUCAUCAAAACCUCCAAAAGAGCACUACUAAAUGAUUGUAACUUAACAGACAGAAGCUGUUCAGCUGUGGCUACAGUUCUUAGAUCAGAUAACAAUCUAAAAGAGCUCAACAUGAACAAUAAUAAUCUACAGGAUUCUGGAGUGAAGCUACUCUGCACUGGAUUGGAAAAUAUGAAGUGUGAAUUAGAGAUACUGAGACUUUCAGACUGCAGUAUCACUGAAGAAGGUUAUAAAGCUCUGGCUUCAGCUCUGAGAUCAAACCCUUCACACCUGAUAGAGCUGGAUCUAAGAGGAAAUGAUCCUGGACAAUCAGGAGUGAAGGAGCUCAGUGAUUUACUACAAGAUCAGAACUGUCAGCUGAAGACACUCAGGUUUUUAGGACCUGUUGCUGUUGAAGCUUGUCAGUAUGUGACCGAAAUUGUGGGUAAAAACCCAUUAUUCCUGAGAGAGCUGAAUCUGAGUGGACGUGAACUAGGAGACGCACGAGUGAAUCAGAUCUCUGCUCUACUGCAGGAUAAACACUGUAAACUCAACACACUGAUGUUAAGAUACUGUGAUAUGACAGAUGAAGGUUGUUCUGCUCUGACUUCAUCUUUAAAAUCAAACCCUUCACACCUAAGAGAACUGGACCUGAGUGGAAAUCAAAUAGGAGACUCUGGAUUAAAAAACAUCAGUGAUCUACUGAUGAACCCACAAUGCAAGCUAAAAAAACUAAAGCUAUGUGGAUGCAGUUUUAAAGAAAAACACUGUUAUCUUCUGAGUUCAGCUCUGCGUUUAAACCCAUCACACCUGAGAGAGCUGGACCUGAGUGGAAAUGAACUAAAAAACACAAGAGUAAAGCACUUAUGUGAUGCACUGAAAGAUUCAAACUGUAAACUGGAGAGAUUGAGGUUAAGAUACUGUGAUAUGACUAAUGAGUGUUGUUCUGCUGUAACGUCAGCUCUGAAAUCAAAUCCAGCACACCUGAGAGAGCUCAACCUGAGUGGGAAUAUACUAGGAGACACUGGAGUGAAACACCUCUGUGAUCUACUGAUGAACACACGAUGCAAGCUGGAAAAACUAAUUCUAUGUGGAUGCAGUAUUAUAGAGGAACAUUGUCUCAUCCUGACUUCGGCUCUGAAAUCAAACCCAUCACACCUGAGAGAGCUGGACCUUGGUGGGAAUAAACUAAAAAACACAGGAGUGAAUCACUUAUGUCACAUACUGAAGGAUUCAAACUGUAAACUGAAGAGAUUGAGCUUCAGAGGCUGUGAUAGUACAGAUGAAGGUUGUGCUCUUCUGACUUCAGCUCUGAAAUCAAACCCAUCACAUCUGAAAGGACUUGAGCUAAGCGGGAAUCAACUAGGAGACUCUGGAGUGACAAACCUCAGUGAUCUACUGAUGAAUCCACAAUGCAAGCUAGAAAUAUUAGCUCUGUGUGGAUGCAGUAUUACAGAGAAACAGUGUUUCAUCCUGACUUCAGCUCUGAAAUCAAACCCAUCACAUCUGAGAGAACUGGAUUUGAGUGGAAAUGAACUGAAAAACACAGGACUGGAUCACUUAUGUGACGUACUGAAGGAUUCACACUGUAAACUAGAGAGGCUGGGUCUAAAUGACUGUGCCAUUUCAGAUGUUACUUGUUUGGCUCAGUCUUUGGCUGGAACAAAAGCACUGCAGUUUUUAAAAGAGCUUGAUCUGAGUAACAAUAUCAUAGGAAAAUCAACAAUGCAGCUCAGUGAUGUACUGCGAGACUCAAACUGUAAAUUGAGCCUAGAGAGAGAACACUGGUUUAGCUGGAGAGCUGGUGUGAACCUCAUUAGUAGCUUUAGUGGGUGGAUUACAUUCUUUUCUAAAUCUCAGCAACCUUUGAAAUCAACAGUUCAGGACCAGUCAGCAUCAGGUGGGGCAGAGUAAGAAGAACAUCCUCAAUCAAUCAUGUAGUGGACAGCAUGUCAUUCUGUGUGCCCUCAGCUAAGAGUACGCAAGGCAAAGUGAACUCAAGAAUCUUCAAGCUGCAAUAAGACAACAUCACCACCUACUGGAAUGGAGUGUGUGAAGAGUUGAUGUUGAUGUAGAUGUUGGUGUCUCUUUUUCUUUGGAUAUUCUAAUAAAGAUGUAGUCACUUCAAAUGAUUGUUAAAUACAUUAUCGAAUGUUAACCUGUUUAUUCCUACAGAUACAGCCUUAACCUCUUAUAUAAACUGAGAUUUUUUUUAUUUUUUCCUAUACAUUUUAGAAGAACACAAAGCUGAGCCCACUACAAAGUUUGUACAAAGUUUAUCACAAACCUCUCAAAAUUCUUUAUUCUAUAUUUCAUAUGCACUUUUUGAAUUAUUUUAAUAUUCUUCAUUCAGUUUUGUGCUGAUUAUAUUUGCUACUAAAUUUCUAUGAGAUGUAUGUUAUUAAUUUUACUGUCAAUUAUAUCAAUAAAUAUCUAUUAACCAUCAA